UCUCUAGUUGCAGCAAGUAGGGGCUUCUCAUUACAGUGGCUUCUCUUGUUGCAGAGCGCAGGCUUCAGGCGCGCGGGCCCAGUAGCUGUGGCUCAUGGGCUCUAGAGCGCAGGCUCAGUAGUUGUGGUGCACGGGCUUAGUUGCUCUGCAGCAUGUGCGAUCAUCCCGGACCAGACAUCAAACCCAUGUGCUCUGCAUUGGCAGGCAGACCCUUAACCACUGCGGCACCAGGGAAGUCCUAAUUUAGCUUUUUGAAGUAGAAAACCUGAAAAUGGGAAAUAGGUUUUGCAUUCUACUUCAGUUCUUAUGAAAUGAAGGAAUGCUGAUAAGGACUGUGGAACUGCAUCUAGACCUCAAAGAAUGCUAUGGUGGGACUAACAGUGUCUUCCAUAGGUAUGAGGAUGGGUAUUGAGCGGAUAGACAGCAUUCAUAUCUUCAAUCCCAAAUUUAAACUUAAAUAUUGUUCCAGUAUUAGUUAUUGAAUAUUAUAUUGGAAAUACCAUCUUUAUGUGAAUUCAAAGUAAAAUUAGUUGGUGGAUUUUUCUUGUUUUGUUCUUUUUUUUCCUGUUAUUAGGGUUAUGCAGGCAUCAAAAUUUUUUAAGUUUUCCUACCUUUCUGCUUUGAAGUUUGGAAGUACUAAUACAACUAUCAAGUUCUAAAUCAUAGUUGGAAGUAAUACUUUGUCACUCUUUCUGUUUAUUCUCUUGUGGUUUUCCUACCUUUUGAGUGAGUUUUAGUAAUUAUUUUAAACUGGUGAACUUCUAGGUUGUUUCUGGUUUUCUCCCCUCCCCAGCUUUUUAUUUUGGAAAAUGUAAAGUUGAUUGAAAAGUUGAAAAGUUGCAAAACUAGUACAGUGACUACCCACUGUACUCUUUAUGAAGAUUCAUCAGUUGUUAACUUUAUAACUAUUGCUGUAUUACAUAUACACCCCCCUUUUUUUCCUGACCUACUGGAGUUAGUUGCCAGUUAUCACUGUAAAUACUUUAUUUUAGGAUGUAUUGCCUGAGAACAAGGACAUUCUCCUACUGAGCACAAUAAAAUUGCCACAGCCAGGAAAUUUAACAAUUCAGUACUCUUAUCAAAUAUAUAGUCUAUAUUCAGAUUAUUCCUUUCUGCCAAAUAAUGUUUUUUAAAGCUGGAUUUCCCCCAGGACCAUGUGCUGCAUUUAUUUGCUGUAUUUCUUUAGUGUCUUUUAAUCUCUAGAGCAUUUCCCUGGUCUUUUUGUCUUUCGUGACAUUUUGAAGAAUUCAGAUUAGUUGUUUUACAGCUAAUUUCUGUUCUGACAGAAAAUCAUCUCUGAGUUUUUCAGAUUUGUUAGUGUGGAGUUGUAGAUAUCUAAAUAAUCAAUAGCGUGGAGCUGUAGAUAUCUUAAGUUGUUUGAGAGUCUUUUUUUCUGCCCCCACCCCCCCAUCUUUGAUCCAAUAAUUUUUUAGAACAGUGUUUUUCAGUGUAUGUAUGCAGUUUUGAAAAUUUUAAAACAAAAAAAGCUUAUCCUUUGCAAAGUUGUAACACUUGUAGAUUUUGAAUUACAUUAAACUUGAAAAAUUCCUGCCUCCUUCCUGCCUUGCAUUUAAAUUUCUGACAUUUUAAAGAAUCAUUGAGAUUCUAUUCUUUAUUUGCAUUUUUGUUUGUUUGUUAGUUUUAGCCUUGCCUCAUGGUUUGCGGGAUCUUAGGUCCCCUGACCAGGGAUUGAACCCAACUACUGGCAGUGAAAGUGCCGAGUCCUAAACAGUGGACUGCCAGGGAAUUCCCUCUUUAUUUGCAUUUUUUAAAUUCACAUGAACUGGGGCUUCCUAGGUGGCGCAGUGGUUGAGAAUCCGCCUGCCAAUGCAGGGGACACGGGUUUGAUCCCUGUUCCAGAAAGAUCCCACAUGCGGCGGAGCAACUGAGCAACUAAGCCCAUGAGCCACAACUAUUGAGCCUGGGCUUUAGAGCCCGUGAGCCACAACUACUGAGCCCAUGUGCUGCAACUACUGAAGCCCACGCUUCUAGAGCCCGUGCUCUGCAACAAGAGAAGCCACGGCAAUGAGGAGCCCGGGCACCACAACAAAGAGUAGCCCCCGCUCACUGCAACUAAAAAGAAAGACUGCGCACAGCAAAAAAGACCCAACACAGCCAAUGAAAGAAAGAAAGAAAGAAAGAAAGAGAGAGAGAGAGAGAGAGAGAGAGAGAGAGAGAGAGGGAGAGAGAAAGAAAGAAAGAAAGAAAGAAAGAAAGAAAGAAAGAAAGAAAGAAAGAAAGAAAGAAAGGAAGGAAGGAAGGAAGAAAAGAAAGAAAGAAAGAAAGAAAGAAAGGAAGGAAGGAAGAAAAGAAAGAAAGAAAGAAAGAAAGAAAUUUAUAAAAAAAUUCACAUGAACUACAUUUAUUGUAAGCAAAAUAAACUAGAAAAUACUGAUAAACAAAAUGAAGAAAAUAAAUGUCUUCUGUAAGUCCUAGCACUCAUGUAUUACAACUGUCAACAUUGAUCUAUACCUUUCCAAAUUUGAGGGAAUGAAAAUAUAUGUGUGAGAGAGGCAUUAAAAGAAUUUUGUAUCAUUGUAACGUGCUGUAGCUUGCUUUUCCCUCUUUUUAAUGGUGGUUACAUUAUUAAACAAUGAAAGAGUGGAAAAGUAGAGGUGCCAUAUGAUCUUAUUAAAGGGAAACAGCUGGAAAUAGAGGCUCUUAUCAGUCAGCAUUUAGAUGUUUAUCAAGUACUGUAAAUAAUUCUUAAUGGUUAAAUCAAGUACUCUUGGAGUUCUCAGAAUCUCUGUCAGUGGGUAUAGGGAACACACAGAGAGGUGAAUGCCUGUGGACAGUUGCAAAUUAUGAAAAUAUUAAACUGUUUUGUUUGAUACUAAGUUCCUUGUAAAUGUUAUGGCCACAAAAUGAACUUUUCUGUCUUAAAAAUUUUCACUCAAAAAAAAAAAGGUAGCAGGACUUCCCUGGCGGUCCAGUGGUUAGGACUCCACGCUUCCACUGCAGGAGCAUGGGUUGGAUCCCUGGUCAGGGAACUAAGAUAAUGUAAGAUGAGCAGCGCAGCCCAAAAAAGAAAAAGAAAGAAAAGGUAGGACUUCUCUGGUGGCCCAGUGGUAAAGAAUCCAUCUGCCAAUGCAGGGGACACAGGUUUGAUCCCUGGUUCGGAAAGAUCCUACAUGCUGCGGAGCAACUAAGCCCACAGGCCACAACUACUGAGCCCGCGUGCUGCAGUUACUGAAGCUCUCACACCUGGAGCCCGUGCUGCACAACAAGAGAAGCCACUGCAAUGAGAAGUCCGCACACCGCAAAGAAGAGUAGCCCGAGUAGUCCCCACUGGCUGCAACUAGAGAAAGCCCGUGUGCAGCAACGAAGACCCAGUGCAGCCAAAAACAAAAGAAGAGUUUAUGCCAGCGUGGCUUCAUUCAUACAGAUGAACCAAGGAUUGGGAUAGCAGUAUAAAAUUAGAAUCAGACAGCUGAUUGCCCAGCAGGAUGCCAUCAACUAACCGUGCCGGCAGCCUGAAGGACCCUGAAAUUGCAGAGCUCUUCUUCAAAGAAGAUCCAGAGAAGCUCUUCACAGAUCUCAGAGAAAUUGGCCAUGGAAGCUUUGGAGCAGUGUAUUUUGCACGAGACGUGCGCACCAAUGAAGUGGUGGCUAUCAAGAAAAUGUCUUAUAGUGGAAAGCAGUCCACUGAGAAAUGGCAGGAUAUUAUUAAGGAAGUCAAGUUUCUGCAAAGAAUAAAACAUCCCAACAGUAUAGAAUACAAAGGCUGCUAUUUACGUGAGCACACAGCAUGGCUUGUAAUGGAAUAUUGUUUAGGAUCUGCUUCAGAUUUACUAGAAGUUCACAAAAAGCCAUUACAAGAAGUGGAAAUAGCAGCGAUUACACAUGGUGCUCUCCAGGGAUUAGCCUACUUACAUUCUCAUACCAUGAUCCAUAGAGAUAUCAAAGCAGGAAAUAUCCUUCUGACAGAGCCAGGCCAGGUGAAACUUGCUGACUUUGGAUCUGCUUCCAUGGCAUCUCCUGCCAAUUCUUUUGUGGGAACGCCAUAUUGGAUGGCCCCAGAAGUAAUUUUGGCCAUGGAUGAAGGACAGUAUGAUGGAAAAGUAGAUGUAUGGUCUCUUGGUAUAACAUGUAUUGAACUAGCGGAAAGGAAGCCUCCUUUAUUUAACAUGAAUGCAAUGAGUGCCUUAUAUCACAUAGCCCAAAAUGAAUCCCCUACACUACAGUCUAAUGAAUGGUCUGAUUAUUUUCGCAACUUUGUAGAUUCUUGCCUCCAGAAAAUCCCUCAAGAUCGGCCUACAUCAGAGGAACUUUUAAAGCACAUGUUUGUUCUUCGGGAGCGCCCUGAAACAGUGUUAAUAGAUCUUAUUCAAAGGACAAAGGAUGCAGUAAGAGAGCUGGACAAUCUGCAGUAUCGAAAGAUGAAGAAACUCCUUUUCCAGGAGGCACAUAAUGGACCAGCAGUAGAAGCACAGGAAGAAGAAGAGGAACAAGAUCAUGGUGUUGGACGGACAGGAACAGUGAAUAGUGUUGGAAGUAAUCAGUCUAUUCCCAGUAUGUCCAUCAGUGCCAGUAGCCAAAGCAGUAGUGUUAACAGUCUUCCAGAUGCCUCGGAUGACAAGAGUGAGCUAGACAUGAUGGAGGGAGACCACACAGUGAUGUCUAAUAGUUCUGUCAUCCAUUUAAAACCUGAGGAAGAAAAUUACAGAGAAGAGGGAGAUCCUAGAACAAGGGCAUCGGAUCCGCAGUCUCCUCCCCAAGUAUCUCGCCAUAAAUCACACUACCGUAAUCGAGAACACUUUGCUACUAUACGGACGGCAUCACUGGUUACAAGGCAAAUGCAAGAACAUGAGCAAGACUCUGAGCUUAGAGAACAAAUGUCUGGCUAUAAGAGAAUGAGGCGGCAGCAUCAAAAGCAGCUAAUGACUCUGGAAAAUAAGUUAAAGGCUGAGAUGGAUGAACAUCGCCUCAGAUUAGACAAAGAUCUAGAAACACAGCGUAACAAUUUUGCUGCAGAAAUGGAGAAACUUAUCAAGAAACAUCAGGCUGCUAUGGAAAAAGAGGCUAAAGUGAUGGCCAAUGAAGAGAAAAAAUUUCAGCAACAUAUUCAGGCCCAACAGAAGAAAGAACUAAACAGCUUUUUGGAGUCCCAGAAAAGGGAAUAUAAACUACGAAAAGAACAGCUUAAGGAGGAGCUGAAUGAAAAUCAGAGCACCCCAAAAAAAGAAAAACAGGAGUGGCUUUCAAAGCAGAAGGAGAAUAUACAGCAUUUCCAAGCAGAAGAAGAGGCUAAUCUUCUACGGCGUCAGAGACAAUACCUAGAGCUGGAAUGCCGUCGCUUCAAGAGAAGAAUGUUACUUGGGCGCCAUAACUUAGAGCAGGACCUUGUCAGGGAGGAGUUAAAUAAAAGGCAGACCCAGAAGGACUUAGAGCAUGCCAUGCUGCUGCGACAGCAUGAAUCCAUGCAAGAACUGGAGUUCCGCCACCUCAACACAAUUCAGAAGAUGCGCUGUGAGUUGAUCAGAUUGCAGCAUCAAACUGAGCUCACUAAUCAGCUGGAAUAUAAUAAACGAAGAGAACGAGAACUAAGGCGAAAGCAUGUUAUGGAGGUUCGACAACAGCCUAAGAGUCUGAAGUCUAAAGAACUCCAAAUAAAAAAGCAGUUUCAGGACACCUGCAAAAUCCAAACCAGACAGUACAAAGCAUUAAGAAAUCACCUGCUGGAGACUACACCAAAGAGUGAGCACAAAGCUGUUCUGAAACGGCUCAAGGAGGAGCAGACCCGGAAGUUAGCCAUCUUGGCUGAGCAGUAUGACCACAGCAUUAAUGAAAUGCUGUCCACACAAGCUCUGCGUUUGGAUGAAGCACAGGAAGCAGAGUGCCAGGUUUUGAAGAUGCAGCUGCAGCAGGAACUGGAGCUGUUAAAUGCGUAUCAGAGCAAAAUCAAGAUGCAAGCUGAGGCACAGCAUGAUCGAGAGCUUCGGGAACUUGAACAGAGGGUCUCCCUCCGCAGGGCACUCUUAGAACAAAAGCUCUCUUUUUGCUUCUCUACUCCUAACCCCCAUCAGAUUGAAGAGGAAAUGUUGGCUUUGCAGAAUGAACGCACAGAACGAAUACGAAGCCUGCUGGAACGUCAAGCCAGGGAAAUUGAAGCUUUUGACUCUGAAAGUAUGAGACUAGGUUUUAGUAACAUGGUCCUUUCUAAUCUCUCCCCUGAGGCAUUCAGCCACAGCUACCCGGGAGCUUCUGGUUGGUCUCACAAUCCUACUGGGGGUCCAGGACCUCACUGGGGUCAUCCCAUGGGUGGCCCACCACAAGCUUGGGGCCAUCCAAUGCAAGGUGGACCCCAGCCGUGGGGUCACCCCUCAGGGCCAAUACAAGGGGUACCCCGAGGUAGCAGUAUGGGAGUCCGCAAUAGCCCUCAGGCUCUAAGGCGGACAGCUUCUGGGGGACGGACGGAGCAGGGCAUGAGCAGAAGCACGAGUGUCACUUCACAAAUAUCCAAUGGGUCACACAUGUCUUAUACAUAACUUAAUAAUUGAGAGUGGCAAUUCCGCUGGAGCUGUCUGCCAAAAGAAACUGCCUACAGACAUCGUCACAGCAGCCUCCCCACUUGGGUACUACAGUGUGGAAGCUGAGCGCAUAUGGUAUAUUUUAUUCAUUUUUGUAAAGCGUUCUGUUUUGUGUUUACUAAUUGGGAUGUCAUAGUAUUUGGCUGCCGGGUUUUGUUUUUCUGUUUUUGUUUUUUAACUUUUGGAGAAAUUUUGAAAAGGGGAAUUGAUAUGUAUGUGUGUAUGCAUAUACAUACACACACACAUAUGUGUAUAUCAAGCAUGUGGUUACAAGAAAUUGGCUAGUUAGAGGGUAUUUUCUGAACACUGAAAGAAUAGAAUGCCAGCAGUGUGUCUUGAGUCAUCACUUUGGGGCAGUUAUAUAUCCUAAGGAGGUUAUGAAAAGAUCUAAAGCCUUUCUCCAUACCCCAAAUUCUUAUAAGCCACUCACAGCAGGCAGCAUAUGCUGAAACAAGUUAUUACGGAAACACAUCUGUAUCCCCUCACCAGUGUAUUUUCUUUAUUAAAUUGGUCUGACUUCUCAGCCUCAUUUGGAGUGAAAAAGAAGGCGGAAAUCCAUGAACACUAAAGGGUUGUAUUGACUUUUUCAGAGAGUAGAAAACAAUUUAGUUCCUUUUCUGAAUGCUGCAUAGAUUUGUCAGUGAUUUUUUUUUUUUUUUUUUUUUGGUCCAUUCAAUUGUGCCUUCUUUGUGGCAUGGUGAGAUGGAGGUGCUUAAGAGAUCACAAGUUGUGUGGAAAUUGCAUCAAUGAACCUGUGAGCCCUUGAAGGGGAAGAUCAGAAGGGUGAGAGAGGCCCUUAAAAGUACAUAUGGUGGGUAUGUUCAGCAGCAACUGAGUGAGGAGAUGAAGCCUUUAUAUCCUGACGUUUUGUUGCUUAUGCUGUGAUAUCUCAUCCUAGCUAAGCUCUGUAACUCCCAAGACCCCAAACAGUACUUUUACUUUGUACAAAAAAAAAGACAUAUAGCCAAUACAAAUCAAAUGCCAGAGGUAUUUGAAUGAUGCCAUAUUUGCAAACUGCCAUCUAUUGGAAUUCUCACCACACUACAUAGACAUAAUUUGAUUACCCCCUUUUGGCUUAUGGGAUUUCCUGUUUACAAGUAGAAUAGCCAAUUAUUUAAAUGUUUAGUUGCCAUAGUGAACCAGGAGUCACUGAGCCAAUGACUUUACCAGCUGCUGACUAAUCCUCAUCACCACUGUAGAUUUUGCUGCAUGUGCAGGUCCUCUUUUUUUUUUUUUUUUAAUUGCUGUUUUUGUUGCUGCAAUACUUUACAAACUGCUAGUUCCUUGAGACUUAGUAACCAUUUGACAUGGUGUUAACAUCACACAACAGGAAACACCACUUCCAGAAGUCUCUAGCCUCAGUGCUAAAGUACUACUGAAAAGGAACUAGCAUGUUUGGCAAAUUAAAAAAUAAAACAAAGUAAGUUAUAGUGGUCAGGGAAUCUCUUGACAAACGCUAACUUUUUUUUUCCCCCACAGAGAGGCAUGUUUUGUUUUGUUUUUUGUUUUGUUUUUUGUUUUGCAAUGAAGGAUCAACCCAAUGCUGAAAGUUAGAUGUUACUUGGGAUUCCACUGCUAAUGUGGAAAUUGAGUUGAAGGUGGGUAGGAAGCUGUGAGUAUGACUUGAAGGAAAAAAAAUGUUCUUUUCAGUGAUAGAUCAGAGUUUCUUACAAGUUAUUAUCCUGCCCCCCACCCUCCCCACCCCCCGCCUUGUCUUGAAGACGCCUUGCUGUUAAUUCUGGAUCCUGCUUUUCAUAUAGUCAGAGGACUCCAAGGUAGAAUUUUCUAAGUCCCUCUCAGUGAUACUCUUCACCUAGACCAGGCUAAUGACCAAACAGUAAUCUGUAAUUGUUGAAAUCUUGAUUUUUCUCAACCAAAUUUAAGUCUUCCCCAGGUAUGUCAGUCUAAUCUCCAGCAUUCAUUUAAAGGUAACUGGAAGAACAAUUAAUAUUUUAAUGUGAAUCUUUUGAAAACCAAGAUCACAGUAGAAUUCGCACACAAUUUUAGGCAGUGUUUCAGGUAGCACUCUGGUAGAUCGUCCUCUUGGACAUGCUUGAGAUCACCAGUUUUUAGGUGAAUAUGACAUGUACUUCUUGUCUAUCUAAUGAAAGGGGCUUUUAAUUUUCUAUCUUUUUGCAUUCACGUAUUAUACAGUAUUUCAAACAAAUUGAGAUUAUCUACCUAUUUGGAGGAAAAUGAUAGGAGUGGCUUUAGAAUUAAUAAAAUGUCCAAAAAUAUAAUGAAUUUUAUACCUUUAAAAAAGUUCUUAUUAGAUCUGGCCCUUCUGUACUACUGGAGGGGUGGAAUAGGAGUGCAGCUUAGUUUUCCAUACAAAACUCUUUAAAAUAAAAAAUACUACCAAUAAUACAUGUUAAAGUCCACUUGUGGACUUAAAUUAGUCAAGUUGAAUUAUUGAGUUCAUGUAGAUCAUAUGUACUUGUAAAGUUGUAAUUGAAUACUGACUCCAAAAUGUCUGUCCCAUAGGUCUUUGUAUCUGAUUUACUUGUGUGGCAACCAGUUUUACAUGUAGGUCAUGCGUAUACCUGGAUUAUUCCAUUAAGCUCAUUUUAAUUAAAAUAUAUAUAGUUUGCAAAAAAUGGUUCAAAUUAAUUGAUUUGUGUGUGUUUGCAAGAUCUGACUUCUAAGGAAUAUCAUGCAUGGUAGGAAUCAUCAAAGAAUAAAGCUUGUAGCAGGAAAAUUUGAAAGGUUUUGAGAGAUCCUAAGGAAAGAAGCAGGCACUUUCUGAAUCAAUGUACAGAUGUCAACAUUUGAUCAAAUUACUACUACCUCCUCCCCAGUGUUGGUGUUCACUUGAUAUAUAUGUGUUUGAGAAAAUAAAAAAAGUAUGAGAAGUUUGUCCAGCAUAUCAGAAAGUCGUAAAUGCUGUGUCUGGUAUCCAGAGCUUGGCAGUAAAAGUUUCUUGUGUUCACUGUCUCCCCCUUUAAGUUAGCAUUUGAAAAAUGCAAAACCUCAUACUUUGAAAUAUAUUGUUCCUAAUGGGAUUCCCUUCCUUUUGCACAUAUUUUCCCCCUAUUAAAGUCAGCUUUAAUCCUAAAUUAAACUAUCUGAAAGUAGUUUCAUUAUAUAGAUAAUGUUAGGUGGAAAAUAUGUUUAUAUUAAUUUUAUUCAGAGCUGCCAUUCUUUUUAGUCAUUUCUGUGCCUAGAGAUGAAUAGUCCUGCAUUUGAAGCCACACCCACAAAUAUAAUAUGCUUGGUACUCUGGGCCAAUGGUUUAUUGGUAAAUUGAACUUUUUAUCCUAGCCCUUAGUGAUUUUCAGCUGCCUAGACAUCAGGUAAACACCAUUCAGUACAUUAAAGAAACUGUCCUUGACUCUCUCCCACUCCCACCUGUUUUUCCUCACCCCCUUUUCAAAAAUCGAAAAUGCUAUGAGUGUCUUUUUCAGACCAUAAGGCAGACUUUAGUAACUUUCUACUUCUUUAACUGAAUGUCUGGCAUUUUAAACUUUUAUAGAAUACAUUGUGUUGGACACUGGAAUAAUACUGUUUAUUUUCACCUGUGAAAAAUGACUUUAUUGUACUUGAAACACCUCCUUUGCAUUUCUCCAUUUGUGCCAUUCACUAGUGGAAAUAAAUUGUAUUAUACCAUAAUCUACUGGCUUUUAAAAACUGUGUUAAAUAUGCACAUUUUUGGUAUAGCUAUUAUCAUUUGUAUGUAUAUAUUGUAUAUACAUAUGAGUGUCUAUAUGUGUGUAUAGAUAGAUGGAUAUAACUCAUACUGUACAUUUCCAUCAGGGCACUUAAGGUUCUGUUGUGUUGUUUCGUUAUUUCAGUCCUCAGUUAAGGCAAGAAUGCAUGUGUUUCUUAACAAUGAGUACUCUGGAUUGAUACUUCCGAGAAGGUGGUCAUUAGAUGCAAUCUUUUCUUUUUUAAUCCCCUCUUAGCACUUGAGUGGGUGGAAAGAAAGUUGAGUAAAAUGUGGAACCAUAAGUCGCAAUGCAGUAAAUUAGUGCUGGGGAAGGAGCUAGUUAGUGUUUCUGUGAGUUUGUGUCAUGAUGCUAUGAAAGAUAAGUGAUGCAGAGAGAAGUGAACCAUGGAAACUAAAAACAGUGAUGGUGAUUCCUCUGCAAAGAUAAAAAGAACCAAUAAAUCACAUAAUUUUCGUGUGCACUCCGUACGUAUUUCUUAGUAAUGGUGCCAUUGAUCCUCUUACCCUUUUUACUCCAUUAAUAAUAAUAAUUAUAAAUUUUGCUAAGGACCAAAACAUCCAAGAAAGGAAUUACUGCUAAAGCAUCAAAGGUUCUCCAAAACUAUAAAAUCAAUAGGAAAUGGCCACUGGGAGAGAAGGAUUUGGUAUUGGCAAGGGGCUUUCUCCUUUUAGCUGCCUCUUCUUGCUUGCUGAUAUUAAGUUCUUCAUGCACCUUCCACCCCUUUGGAGGCACUACUUUUCAAGCGCAGAUUUGGCCCAACACUGCAACCCUUUCCUAGGAAGCUUAUAUGGCCCUGUGUUUUGUUCCAUGCUCACAAUGUGAAGUGUCUAGUGUAUUCCAGUCAGAAAAUAAUAUAUUUAAGGUGUGUAAGUGUGAAUCUCCUAUGAUGAUGGAAGAAAUAAGUUUCUUAUUUCUUAGAAAACUUUCUCUAAGGAACAAAUCUAGAACUUGGUCUAUCAUCUUAGAGCUGCUUACCAAAAUAUAGAUCUUUUUUAAAGAGAAGCAAAUUCUCUGUUUUCCCUCACCUAUCACGAUAGUGCUCCCAACCAGGUUAUAGCAUUGCCUUUUAAAAGGCACUCACUUACUCUUAGUUGUUAAGAACUGGAAAUUUUCCAUCCUUGGAUUCCUUAAAGGAUGAAGAGUGUGCUGUACACUUAGCAGACUUGCCUCUUGUAUGCAAGGACUACUGAUUGAAGUCUGUUUUGCUGUGCGUCUGGUUAUGUUGUCUGCACUUUUAUUAAAUCACUACAAUAAGUCUACAUUGGAAAUGACUUAAUUUGUAAAGAAGUUUUAUUAAACACUGUCUAGAAAAAGAAAGUGAAGCUGAGAACUCUUCCUUUAUUGUGCGUUUAUAUUUUCUACUGAAUUCUGGUAGCCCCUUUUAAAGUCAUAUUGACUAAUUCUUCCCUUGUUUAUAUUCAAAUUUACAAAAUUUCACUCAUGCAAGGGAAGAGAAUCCAUUUGGCCUAAUGGUAGUCUUCAGACCGUAAGAAAUAUGUAAAUUAGCAUGCACCUUAUCUGCCUGUUGUGGGUUUCUUAAACUUGCACUUCCCUCUCACCCACCCCAAAAAUAGAUAUCCUUUAAAGAAAAUAAAGGCAGAGAAUUAAAACUGGGGAGCCAUUUACUAUGUCACCAUCACUGUUAACUGUUACCCAGCAGUCAGAACUUUUUGAAGUUUCAGAAAUUGCAUGUGUGUAUGUGUGUGUGUAUCUGUUUGAUUGUGUUGGGUUUGUUUUUAAAUAUACAAGAGAGUCUUCAGAGGAAAAGGUUAAUCCUUUCUGAAACAGGAUGCCCAUUGGAUAUACUAAUCUGGACACCUGUAGACAGUUUGCCAUGAAAAAGUAGGGAGAAUAUGAGACUUGCGAAUGAAUGAAAGGGUAUCUUGCUACCCCAGAAUUCCCCCAGAAGUACGGGUAAUUCAACCUGCACAGUUUCCUUUUCACUCAUAGUUUUUAGCAAUUGUGAGUGAAGAAAUCAUGUAAUUAUCUGUAAAUAUGUAGCUAACAAAUUGACCUAGUUUCUGUAUUUUUUUGUUUUUGUACUAAAGUUUAUAAGUCUGUGCCAGCUAGAGAGGAGUUGCUGUCAUUGCCAGUUGUGGUCCUAGCACCUAACCCUGAAACCAUCCUAGGUGACAUUUUUAGAAUUAAUGCUUCAGUGUUGUUAAACGGGGAGAAAUUAAGCUUAAUCAUUGGUCAGGUUUAAAAUCUUUUGAAGCAGUCAUUUUAUUUAAUACAAUGAUUACAUGUCCUCAAUCAUGAAUGAGGUAGGGAGCCUCCCUCCCCCAGUGGCCAUGUUUACAGAAGUGUGUUUUGUCUAUAAAGUGCAAGAGUUUUAAUGUUUAUGUAAAUUAUGCAGGUGAAAACAUUAUGGCUUGGAACUGUUUAUUGGGCUUUUGCUGAAUUUUCAAAUGAAAUGAACUAUGCUUAUUAUUGGCACAUUGAUCCCAUUUCUGGAGCAUUUUUUCUAUUUCCAGAAUUACAUGUAUUCCUUUGUCAUUAUCCCUUGAUAUUCCUUGUAACCUAAGAUAUUAAAAGCUGGUAAACGUAGAUGAGGGAAACGCGUUUCUUAAAAUCCGUGAGCCUUCAUUUAUAUGCUUUCAUUACUCAUGUUUCUGUGGCAAGUCUGAGGUCAGUGGAGUUUAGAAAUGAGAUACCAGUGUUAAUGAAAAGUGUGUACUCUUUGCUUUUGCAUGGCUUGGCUUAGCAUCAGAGGUAUAUUUGGGCCACUUGAAAGCAUGAAGACCAGUUGUAUGGGAACAGGUUUCUCUCAGUGGCACAUUUUGCUUUUUCUGAGCCCUCAAAUACAUUGCCUCAGCAUGAACAUUAUUUUUCUAUAAAUUACACAUGGUCAUGGAAUGAAUUAUGUAGUUUAAAAGCAUGGAACUGCUUAAUGUUUGCAGAUUCCAGCUGGCCAUGUGACUGUUUGGCACAUAUCAAACAAACCUAGGGGGAAAUAUUGGAACCCUUCUAACCUCUUUUUUUGUCAUAGACAAGUAUAUUUAGUUUAUUAAGAUGUUGGCUGCCCCUGGCAUGUUGCCAGAAAGCUCUUUUUUGGUGCCCAUUCCAAGUGUGCUUUCUUGCAUUUCGUAAUAUCAAAGAAGCCACCACCCCUUCUCCCCAACAGCAUUUUAUGUGUCAUACCUUUUAUUCCACAUUUAAUGGGAAUUGUGCCUACUUAGAGUGCCCCUCCAAUUAAUUACAUACAUGUGUCCUAAAAUAAUCCAAGCCGGAGACACAGGUAGGAAAUUUUUUUUUUUUAAAGUCCACUCGAGGCCAGUAAUUUAUCUGACAAGGUAUUUUACCACAUUAUCUUGACACUUGAUAAAUGAGCCUAUUAGAGUUGCAGGUGGUUUCAUAGGGCAGAAUCCAAGUGGAGAGGGAUAUGUGGGGUAAGAGAUAAUUUUGUUAUUGUUUUACCUCUCCUUUUAUGAUCCUUCUCUGCUAGGUUAAUUAUGGGUUAAUUAAUUAUGGGUUAAUUCUCCAAAUUUAUUUUGUUUUUUAUCUUUUAGGGAAAUUUUUACAAAAACGAUGGUCUGAUGUAAAUAACAUUUUGAAGUAUAAUGCACAUAACUUCCCCAGACUAUUCCAACCUGAUAAUUUGUAAAUGCUUUAGAGUUUUUUUAAUUAACACUUGUGUUGCUAAAUCCUAUUUAUGUAAGUCUGCUAAAAAUUUUAACCCAUUUAAAACUUAAACAUUUAAAUAAUGGAUGAGUUACUGAGCAAUUUAGCUUUCAGAACCCCCUUGUUUUAGUAUAUGAAACAGAUAGCUUAAUGUGCAUUAAUGAGGUUGGAGAGACUAUGAGAAAUAUGUAUAGUGUAUAUUUUAAAACAGCUUUGCUUGUAUUGUGAAGAUUUAAAAACAAACUUGAGAUUUUUAACGUAACUAUUAACACAGUUUUAACAUAAGUUAUCCCACUGGGUUUAAGAGCAUCUUGAAUGUAUAAUCCUUUUUGUAACCCAGGUUGGUUUCUGCUUUUACCAGUCAUCCAAACAUAUUAUUUAUGAUUUUAGUUUUAUAUACUCAUUUACUUUUGUUUUCCUCAACCAGCAUGAUUUUUUUGCACAUGUAUUGUAGAAAUUUUUAAAAAGAAAAAUCAAUACAUCAUUUUCUCUGGAUUUUCUUCACUUCUCUUUUCCUUUCUACUAACCCGUUACCUUAAAGGCCAUAUCGCUCCAUUUGCAUUAUUUGUGCAAAUGCCAGGGUUGGUUUUUAUUUUUAUUUUUGCUGUUUACCUGAAAAAAGAAAAAUGCUUCAGUCAGUUGCUUUUUUAUUUAAAAAAAGAAAAAAGAAAAGAAAAAAAGCUGUAACCUUAUCAUUUCUGAGUAGACCAUUGCGAGAUGAAUGCACACCUGUAAUAGCCCAGGACCAGCUUUGGUGGCUAAAGGGAAUAUUUUAACUAAGCAAGAGGUUCUUUUCUAAAAGUGGUGUACAUUAUUCACAAUCUCUUUCAGUUAUUCCCACAAGUCAGGGGUCCAGAUAAAAUGAGGGUUAUCAGCUAACUGAUAUGUUAUCAUUGAGGUUCAUCAAUGAAUUUGUACAUUUCUAGUUCCCUUUGGUGAAGGGAAAAGAUGAUUUUGCAAGACCUAGAUUUUGGCUUGGUUUCUUGCCUCCUUUUUUGGCAGCCUUCAUCUUCUCAUCUCCCAAAGCCCUUGAGCCUGUAGGGUUUUCAUGGUAGACAAAGGACCUGUGGUCUUUUAAAACUAGGACUGAUUUUUUUUUGGCAAGAGAUUAUCAUGUUGACAAUGAUGUUCUGCCACUUCACCGAUGACUAAUUUUAAAUAUACACAGUCCUCUUAAUUUUCGGACCAAACAGACACCCACAGUGGAGGCUUAUCAAGGGUUGCGAUGGGGAAGAAGCGUCUCCCUCACUGUCAGCACCAGCUGGUAAAGGUGACUGUACAGAUGUGCAUUUUCUUUUUGGUAGAAAUGGUCCGCAGCACUCACUGGUAAGGCUUAUUGUACAGUAUAUUGUCAGUAUUCUUCUGGUUCAACAUACCUUAUAGUUCAUAUAUAACCUGUAUUAAUUGUAUAGAUUGUGCAUUUAAAGCUGUUACCAAGUUGUCAGAACAUAAGAGCGAAAACAAGGUCAUAUGUAAUAUUUUGUUUGUAAGUAUCCUUUGUAUCAUAGCAAAGGAAAUGUUUAAAAAAAAUCAACUGUAAUAAAGUAAUUUU